UCCCUGCUCCCCUCCCCUCCCCUUCUGCGUCCCUCGGUCCCUCCCUCCCUCCUCCUCCUCCUUCCCCGUUCUUUGGCGCAGGGCCCCUACCCGGGGCAGUCCCGCAGCCUAGUGAAGCCAGGCGCGCGCCGCCGCCCACUCGCCCUGUGCCGGCUGCAGCCCGAAAGUGACCCGGGCUGGGAGCAGAAGAGACAGCGGAGAUCGCAAACUCCAGCCCCAGCGGAGGACUACCUGGAGGACAUGGAGGAAAGAGCCACAGAGACCAACUCCAAUGUGGACAGCUCAGUGCAGCCUUCAGUGGCCCAGCUAGCAGGACGGUUCCGGGAGCAAGCAGCUGUGGCCAAGGAGACACCAGCCAGUAAACCAACAAGAAGGAAACCACCCUGCUCCCUCCCCCUGUUCCCCCCCAAGGUAGAGCUGGGCCAGAAUGGUGAGGAGAAAUCACCAUCUGGCACCAGCCACCCACCUAAAAUCAAGGUGAAGAGCUCACCUCUGAUUGAGAAGCUUCAGGCCAACUUAGCCUUUGACCCAGCAGCUCUCCUACCUGGGGCUUCACCCAAAAGUCCUGGACUCAAGGCCAUAGUGUCACCAUUUCACAGUCCCCCUUCCACACCCAGUAGCCCUGGCAUCCGGGCUCAGCCAAGUGAGGCAGAAGAGGUACCUGUGAGCUUUGACCAGCCUCCGGAAGGUACUCACCUGCCCUCUUACAAUAAGGUGCGGACUAGAGGCUCAAUAAAAAGACGUCCUCCCUCCCGGCGAUUCCGAAGGUCUCAGUCGGACUGUGGGGACCUCAGAGAUUACAGGGCUGUGGAAUCCUCUCAGGAAAACGGUGCCAGGGAAGAGAAUGGGGAUGACGUGUUCCCUAGCAAGAGCAAGGCUCCCGGGUCCCCCCCACCCAACCAGGAGGGCAUGGGAGAUGGAGUGGAGGGAACCCCAGGUUCUGUAGAAAAGCCUUGGAGGAGGAGCAGGUGCAACAGCAGAGAGAAGCCAGAGGGGCAGGCCGGGACCCCAGAGGAGGCCGACGCUGCAAAGAAGGCUGGACAGAAUCAAGAUACAGCUACCCAGGGCCAUCCUGAGGCGCCACCCCAAACCUGCAGCCCAGAGGCUGAGAAUGGGUGUGGAAGUCCACUGGAAGAGGCAGCCAUAGGAGAGCAUAGAGACACUGGGAAGGCCGCAGAAGAUACAGCCUCUGAGAAGGAGACGGUGGCAGAUGAAGAGGACAGGCUCGGACAAAAAAGCCCGGAUGCAAGUCCACCGGAGGAGGGGGUGGACAGGGAGGAGGCCCCACAAAGUUCUUCUGGAAGAGUGGGGGGCACCAUUGUCCCAGAGCUGGAGACAAAGCAAAAGGAAGGGGCGACCCUGGAGCUAAGCGGCAGCCCAGGGACCGACCACGCCUCCAUAGAGACCAGCAACGAGAGCCAGAAUGAUCGCGCGGUCCCCAAGGUAGGCGGCCCUGAUGGUUCACGUUGUGUCAGGAUCAGAGCUGCCCCUAUUGUCACAUGCCCUGUUCCCUCCCAGUCUGGUGAUAAAUCAGCUCAGUAUGCAGAAACCAAGUCACCAGGCCCCUACCUCAUGCUGACUGCGUAGAGACUGCCUGUCUCCGUUGUGGGG